GACUUCCGGUGUCAUGGCUGUCAGUGCUGAGAGUUCCUCAUUUCGCUAGACCAGCUUCUGGGAGUUCUGCCGGCUGCAGGCCGCGUGGGAAGGACUCGGGGACACCGGGAAGCCGCGCAGUGGUGAUGAAAAAAUUGUAUGGAAUAAACUGUCAUAGAAUCUGGAAAAAGUGGAGCUAAGAUGCACGGUUUGCUGCAGGGGAUGGAUGGAGGAGGCCCAGGUUCGCCAAAACUCUGGGGAGACAGGCAGGAGGUGGUGACCUUCGAGGAUGUGGCUGUCAGCUUCACCGGUGAGGAGUGGGCUUUGCUGGAUCCAAUCCAGAAGAAGCUCUACAGAGAUGUGAUGCUGGAAACCUUUAUGAACCUGGCUGCCGUAGGAAGGGACUCAGAUGACCAGCACGCUGAAGAUGAGUAUAGAAAUUGCAGGAAACAUCUAAGCAGUCCUUCAAAAACUACAGAUGACUCAUAUUCCAACAUAUUAAAUGGUCAUUGGUGGGACCUUGAGUGUGCUGUGACAUCUAUGCAGAUGGAUACGGGGAUGCCACAGAAAAAAAGUGAAGAGGUAGAGCAGUCCUGGCAGUAUCAACUCUGGUAUCAACAAGGUGAAAUGGUUUCUCCGACACCUGACACAAAUGUGCAAAUGAGAGUCGUUGGUAUAAAACCACAUGAAAGUAUUUCCAUCAUUACACCAAAUGAUGUGCAAAUUGGAGCAAGCAGUCACAGUGAAGUAAAUAUGUACAUAUGUGUAUCGUGGGGAAAGGAUUUUAAUUAUCACCAUGAUACUCAGGCACAUGAAAAACCUCACUUUAGAGAUAAAACCUAUGGACUUGAACAAUGUGGAAAAUCCUUCACUAACAAUUCAUUGGCUAAUGAUGAAAGAAGUCACUUGGCAGAAAAACCGUAUGUAUGUAAACAAUGUGGGAAAGCUUUUAGCAGAAGAGAUAGUUUGCGAAUGCAUGAAUGGAUUCACACUGGAGAAAAACCCUAUGUAUGUAACCAGUGUGGGAAAGCUUUUAGGAAAGGUAGUACUUGCAGAAUUCAUGAGAGAAUUCACACUGGAGAGAAACCUUAUAUAUGUAACCAAUGUGGGAAAGCUUUCAGCACCCAAAAUAGUUGUCAAAUACAUGAAAGAACUCACACUGGGGAGAAACCCUAUGUAUGUAACCAGUGUGGGAAAGCUUUCAGCAGAAAACAUAGCUGGCAAAUGCAUGAAUGGAUUCACACUGGAAAGAAACCCUAUGUAUGUAAGCAUUGUGGGAAAUCAUUCAGGAAAGGUAGUACUUACAGAAUUCAUGAGAGAAUUCACACUGGAGAGAAACCUUAUAUUUGUAACCAAUGUGGGAAAGCUUUCAGCACCCAAGAUAGUUGUCGAAUACAUGAAAGAACUCACACUGGGGAAAAACCCUAUGUAUGUAAGCAGUGUGGGAAAGCUUUCAGCACAAGUAGUAGUUGUCGAAUUCAUGAAAGAAUUCACACUGGAGAAAAACCUUAUGUGUGUACCCAUUGUGGGAAAGCUUUCAGCACCCAUGGUCGCUGCCGAAUACAUGAAAGAAGUCACACUGGGGAGAAACCCUAUAUAUGUAAUCAUUGUGGGAAAGCUUUCAGCACAAAAAGAAAUUGUCAAGUACAUAAAAGAAUUCACACUGCAGAGAAACCCUAUGUAUGUAAGCAGUGUGGCAAAGGUUUCAGCACACGUGGUUUAUGUCAAACUCAUGAAGCAACACAUACUGGGGAAAGACCUUAUGUAUGUAAUCAGUGUGGGAAGUCUUUCAGCAUGAAACAUAACUGGCGAAUGCACGAAUGGACUCAUACUGGGGAGAAACCAUAUGUAUGUAAGAAAUGUGGGAAAGCUUUCACCACAAAAAGGAAUUGUCAAGUACAUGAAAGGACUCACACUGGAGAGAAACCCUAUGUAUGCAAGCAGUGUGGGAAAGCUUUUGCCACAUACAGUGGUAUUAGAGUACAUGAAAGGACUCACACUGGUGAGAAACCCUAUGUAUGUAAGCAAUGUGGAAAAGCCUUUACCACAUCCAGUCAUAUUAGAGUACAUGAAAGGACUCACUACAGAGAGACUGUAUGUACGUAAGCAAUGUGGGAGAGCUUUUAAGACUAAAAAGUGUUGUCGAGUUCAUGAAAAUCUUCACACUAGUGAGAAACUCUAUGUAUGUAAGCACUGAGGGACAGGUUUCAGCAGAAAAUAUAGAUGGCAACAUCCUGAAAUGAGUCACACUGCAGGAAAACUAUAUAUGAGCACUGUGGGAAAGCUUUCAGCACAAAAGAUAAUAGGCGGAAACAUGAAAGGACUCACUGUAGAGAAAGCCUGGUUGUGUAAGUGAUGUGGAAAAUCUUUCAGCACAAGUGCUUAUUGGAGAAAAAAAAACAUGAAAAAACUCACACUGUGUAUGAACUAUGUUUGCCAGCAAUAUGCUAAACCUUUUAAUUCAAGUUAUUGUCAAAUCAUGAAAAGACACUGCAGAGAAAACCUGUGUAUGUAAGCCGUAUGGUAAAGCUUUUAGCACACAUGGUUAUUGUGAAACAUCAAAGAAUUAACACUGAGGAGAAACCCUAUGUAUAUAAGCAAUAUAGGAGAACUUUCACUACAAACAAAGACUGCAAAAUUUGUGAAGGUACCCACACUUUGUAAAAAAACCUAUGUACAUUAGCAGUGUGUACUAGCCAUAUUUGAAUAUAUGAAAGGAUUUCCCACUUAGAGAAACACUAAGUAAUGUGGGAAAGGCUUUGGACAAAAACUUAUUCUAAAUUAAUUCAUGGACUCAUAAUGGGGAGAAAUCCUAAGUAUGUAAGCAAUGUGGUAGAGUAGAAAAAUACAUUACUGCCCAGUACAUGAAAAGCCUCACUGCAGAGAAGUCCUAUGUAUGUAAGCUGUAUAGAAAACCUUCCAGUGGGCUGGGAGUUUAGCUCAGCAGUGUAAGUGCCUGCUUGGCAAAUGCGAAGUCAUGAGUUUGAUCCCUAGCAAUAACAUACCCAAAAAUACUACUUCAGCUGGGGAUUUAGCUCAGCUGCAUAAGUGCCUGACUUGCAAGCGCAUGGUUGUGAGUUUGAUCCCUGGUACCAAUAAAAAAAAGAAAAACCAGAAAACCUUCCAGCACAUACAGUCAUUGUCAAGUACAUAAGACAACCCACACUGGGGAAAAACCCUAAGUAUAUACAGAAUAUGGGAAAGCUUCUAGCAAAAUACAUUACUGUCAAGUACAUGCAAAGACUCACUGUAGAGAAGCAACAGAGUAAACAUAUCUGUACACUGAGUACAAGAGAAAUCACACUGUGGAAAAAUCCUAUGUAAGUAAACUGUGGGAAAUUUUUCAGUAAAUCCUAUCAUUCUAAAAUACAUAAAAAGACUUACACUGUGGAGAAACCCAGCAUAUGCAGGCAAUGUGGAAAGCCUUUCGGCAUGCAGUGUUUUACCAAGAUACAAAUGGACUCACAUGCUUCAAAUGCUAUGUAUGUAAACAAUGUGAGAAUGCAGUCAGUACAGAAUGAAAUACAUAAAAAUCUCACUUAGGAGAAAGACUGUAAACAAGCAAAAGCUUCUUCAGUAACAUCAGUAUUCAAAAGGGCGACUUACACUGACAUGAAUCAUAUGGAGUAGAUCUUUUCUUGAAACAGUAAAGCAUGUUUUAGACCAACUGGUAUCAAUAAAUAAAUGAAAGAAUUUACAAUGGACAGACUCACAACAUGGAUGAGCUAUGUAGGAGUAUUUUUUCCUCACCUGAAAUAUAUGAAAGAAUUCUAAUGAAAAGAAAUUAUCCAUAUUCUUCCAUUCUUCCAAUAGACUUGACAUACAUGAAAGUUCUUCCACUAAAAAAAAACUCUGGGCAAAUAAUGUGAGAAUUCAUUGAUACGAUAACAUCACAAAACCUACAGAUUCAGGAGAGUUAGUAAAAAGUAGAAUAUGAGAAAUCAUUUUUGCAUUUUUUAUUAAAUCUCGCACAGCACAGUAGAGUUCAAAGAAUGUCCAUCAUGUGGGAACAUCUGUAGUCAUUUUGGCUUAAUUCAUGUGGCGGGUUAGCACAGCCCUGUGGCAGAACAUUAAUAUAACUGAUGUACAGAAGUUCUCAGUUGCACUGCAUCUAAGAAGUGAAUAUUGUAUCUAUCGGUGUUUGUAUGAAACUCUCAGCUAUAAUUUUCCUAAUUCUUUGAUCAAUUUUAUAUAGUUUAAACCUAAAGAUGAGUUAUGUUAAAAUAAGAUAUCAAUUAUUUCUCCAGAAAAUGUACAUAUGGAAGAGAUAUCUUAAAGUAUAAAUACUCUAAACUCAGUCUUCAUGGAGAUUUCUGGAUUAAAUAAUUUGAAGUUUACUUUUAAAAAUAUAUACUGCAUUUAAAUCUGUGCCUCCUUGUAAGCAGCAACACAGCAGAUUAGUAUUGUUUCCUUAAAGUAGAUGAUAAUUGUCUUUUAUUUGUUAGAGCUGCAGCUUAGGUAUCUUGUAUUUCCAUACACACCAUUAGGUUCAUUAUUUUGGGUUUUCUUGUUUGUUUGUUCCUUUGUUUUCUCUUUAAGUAACUGUGCUGUAACAUGACUCUAAAGCUGAAUUUCCUUUAACUGUUGUUAUUUUUCCACUAGUUUGUAUUUAAACUUUUGCUGCAUACUGUGCACUAUUCUAGUAAGAAUUUUAUAAAUGGAUGUCAUAAUUUAUAAUUUUAAUCCUAGUAACUUCCAUACAUGUGUUUGAGCGUGCAUUUGUUUCAAAUAAUAUGUAAGUUAACAAAUACAUUUUUAAUACUGUAAAAAAUAAUAUAUUGCAACAUGAUUACAAAUCACAGGGAGCGCAAAAAUUUGUCCACCAUUUCUCCACAUCAGAAACAUUAAUAUCAUAUGUCUAUAAUAUCAGUUGUUUUUUAUCAUUAAAUUUUACUUUUUAGGCUCAUGUUCCAUGAUUUAUUUUGGAAUUCAUUAUUCAAAGUAUAUCUCUAUUUCUAUGAGUCCCCCACUGCCAGAGACCAGCAGGACUAUAUAUUUUCUCAGUGAAGACACAAUACAUUAUAAUAAGUAACCUCUCCACAUUCCUUAAUGAUGAUUUUCGAUCGUGUGCAAGAACAUCCUCAGGAAUUUUGAUCCUAUUGAUUUUUGACACUAUUGGGUGCUUUCUUUUAUUCACAAUUUGUCAGUUCUUAGCUCUAUUUUUUCUAUGCUGAAAAUAUCUUUUAUACUUUGGAAAUACAUUUUUUAACUUGGAAAACUCAAAUCAGUCAUUAAAAAUAGAAAUUGAGUAA